AUGGGCCUGAAACCAUAUUUACAAUUGCGAGACCGAAUCUCUCAGGUUUGGCUAAAUCAGUACACUGUGCUGCUGUUACUGAUCAUAGUAAAACUAACACUAUUCUCGAUUUCCCUGAACAAUGCGAUAGCUAGCUCUAAAAUGUACGCAUUGAACAGUUGCAACUCCAUCGACGCCAUGUAUUCACAAUUGAUGGACUCAGGUCCCCAGUACAUGUGUCAGUUUGGUAAUUUCUUGGUGGAGCAGUCCAUUAAGGAAUCAGUGAAAGCGACCCUGAAAACAGUGUCUUUGCUGGUCGAGGCUGGCGAACAAGUCGCCAUAUUCCUGUUCGACUUCUACUUCGGCACCUACAUUUGUCUUGCUACAAGUGCUGUGGAUGGCGCCGUUGACGUCGCUACAAAUACUACUGAAAAACUGCUGGACGUUGUGAACAGCACGCUGAUUGCGGUGGGCGAUGACAUCGAUUCCGGGCUCGAAGACCUUUCUGGAGUCAUUAACAAGGUGCUGGAAGCCGUGCAAGACGUUAAGAGUUUUUUUAAAGGCGGGAGCUCAUCGUCUGACGUCGAUUCGUCCGUCAAUGCCAUGAAUCUAAGCAUUGCCAAGCUGCGAAACAUGUACAUCCCGUCGUCUAUCGACCUAAAGUUAAGCGAGCUGGCCCACAAAACCCUCAAUUUUGAAACUGUCAUGAACAAGACUCACGCUGAGAUCUCUGUACCAUUCGACUUGGUGCGAUCCAAGAUUUCGACCGUUAACAUUUCCAAGCUGCUGGCAAACAACCAGAAAUUGUAUUUGCCCACUCCAAACGCCAGCAAUGGCACUUCCACAGGCAUAUGCUCUGCGAGCAAGGCUGACAUUGUGAAAUUUUACGCUGGCGUUUCGAAGACUAUCAGCGUGAUAGUGAUUAUUUUAGUGACGCUGCUUGCUGUGGGCGCGUUUGCCGCAAUGGUGCCAUCUGUGUGGUCUGAAUAUAAGCAGUGGACGCGGCUGCGCAGAUUGCAGGACAUAUCAGACGAAAAGACGGCCGUUGAAGGCACACCUUGGGCCAAAACCGACGUUAUCGAAAACUACCAACAAGUCUUCGACAAAUGGCCGUUCGCGUUCGGCAAAUGGCUUGCAAGCAAGCUGACAACCAGCAUUCGCACGCGGCGCAAAAUAAGAUGGUGUGUGGCGUAUGCCAUGUCGCCUCGGGCGCUCACAGUGCUCGGAAUAGCCCUUGCAGGACUCGUCAUGUGCAUAUGCCAGUUUGUGCUGCUGGCGGUCGCGAAACGUGCCCUGGCGGACCCCAAGGCCUCCCAAGUAUCGCAGGCUGUCCUGAGCGCCGCCAACGCCAGUCUACACGACGACAUGGCGCGCUGGGUGCUUGCCACAAACGACUACAUCAACGCCUCGCGCACGCAGCUCAAUAGCGAGGUUUUCGGCUGGAGCCAGGACGCCACUACUGUACUAAAUCACACUGUUGCUGCUGCGAUUGAUGACAUCGACACUGCGCUUGCCGAUUUCUUCAAUGGCACCCUGCUGUACGGCCCGAUGACCAGCGUUGUGCGCUGCACGAUCGAAAACAAGCUCAUUAAGAUCCAAAAGGCGCUCCUUUGGCUCCACGACAACCUACACUUUCCUAUACCACUCAUAGACCCUGCUGCGAUCCAACAAUGGGCCCGUAGCGACAACAACUCGGCACAACAGCAGUCACAACAGACUUUAAUCAAUUCCAACGCUAUCGGGCCCGUUACGGCAGCUCAGAAGCUGGUUCAAACGGCUAAAGAUGCCUUAAAUGUGGUCUUACGUCAAUUCUACUCCGCCACCAUUUUCGAGUUAGCAGUGGCCCUUUCGUUGCUGGGACUGUGGAUUCUUCAGUGGCUCAUCGCCAUUUUUUUUACAAUGGUGCUGAAUCCGGCUUAG